AUUUAUUUUGCGGUAGUCUUGUAUCGGACGGCGGACGACGCGCACGGUCGGUCUUUAUCACUUGUUUGAAAAGUGAACAACAAUCGAAAAUGGAACUCAAUUUUAUAACAACGUUAAUAAAACACGAUGUGAAUCAUAAUGUGACACAGUGUUUCAAAACGAAAAAACCGUUUGUGAGCAGAAAAGAAGAAGUGUUGGCGAUCAAAACAAAAUUUCCAAAUAAAAUACCGUUAAUAGUCGAAAAAUACCACAAAGAUAAAAGUUUGCCGUCACUGGACAAGACGAAGUUUUUAGUGCCCGGAGAUAUUACAAUGUCACAGUUUCUAGUCAUAAUAAGGAACAGGAUAAGAAUUAAGCCAAACCAAGCCCUGUAUUUAAUUAUAAACAACAGAUCCAUGCUGAGCAUGAGCUUGACGAUGGCACAGGCAUACGAAUCUCAUGGAGACGAAGACGGGUUCCUCUACAUUACUUAUGCCUCACAAGAAGUCUUCGGAUACCAAGAUGAUAUGAAUGGAUCAGAAGAAGAAGUUCAAGUCAUCAGACAUAGAUUUCCUAACAAAGUACCUCUUUAUGUAAAACGCUACGUGAGGGAGCGAGAAGUGCCCACCUUAGAAAAAACCAAAUUCCUGGUUCCUCAAGAGCUUACGAUGUCCCAGUUUCUCUACAUCAUUCGGACAAAAAUGAAACUAAGGGAUACACAGGCGCUGUACUUGCUGGUGAAUGACAAGGUGCUGGUCAGCCACAGCAUGACCAUGGCGCAGGCGUACGAGGAGUUCCGCGGCGCCGACGGCUACCUUCACAUCACCUACGCCGCGCAGCAGGUCUUCGGGUGAACCGAUGGUACGCUUCCAAUCUUGAUUGAUGAUUCAUCGGUUCCUGAAACUGUCUUCUUAUAAUGUAAAGACUGAUAGUAUUUCUGAUUGAAUGUGAUAGUUAAGUUUAGGUUUAAUACGACGGGAGUCAAAGAGAGAUAGAUAGAUCCGAAAAAACCUUGUCGAAAUAAUAACUCCUUUUUAAGUCGGUGAAAAGAAAAACAGUUCCGUCUAGAAGACCUGCAUUGUGUACGUUUUUAGAGUCUGACUGUAUUAAUUAAUUAUUUUUGUUAUCAUUAAUAUUAGGUAGUUUUAAUAAAAUUUAAGUUAUUUUUAUAAGUUUAACCCAGAACAUUAAUUUAAGAAUAUAUCAUUGCAGUAAUUUAUGAUUUAUUUGAACAUUUACAUGUCCCACUCGCAUGGUGCUUACUAAAUUUUAUGAUCUCAGAUAUUUAUGUGGUGGUGUCAAAAGUUUUAAAUGUUAUAUUAUUAUUAUCAGCAUUUUACUACUGAUUUUUAGCCUAUUGAUGUGUCAGUGUGUAUCUAUGUAAUUAUUCCUUACAUGUCAAUAAAUUCUUUAAAAUUA